CCUCUGGAAUGUGCUCUCAGUCUUCAGAUUUCCUGUUGAACUGUAUAGAUUUCCUGAAAUCCGUCCUUUUGCACCCUAGGGCUUUCCAGGCCGGCUCUCCCUCUCUCUCUCUCUCUCUCUCUCACAUGGUAGAUUUUCCUUCCUGUUCUCCUCCAGCUGAAGUGUGAGCAGACAGGAGAGGACAGUCAAUGGAUGCGAUCCAUACGUCCCUGUGCUAGGAAUCCUCCGGAUCUAUACGUCCCCGCAGUUGAUAUUUGGAUGGCACGUCCUCAGGCCUCCUUCGCCCAGCUCCGCUUUUCACGCUCUUGGACCAUGGAAUAAUGGAUUUCAAUCCGGGGCAGCAACUUGGAAUGGAAAUUGGAGCUGAACACAUCCUGGUAAUUUUCUGGCGGUGACAGCUGAGACAUGCGAUCGUCAGCCUCCAGGCUCUCAAGUUUUUCAUCCAGGGACUCAUUAUGGACUCGGAUGCCGGAUCAGAUCGCGGUGUCAGAGUUUAUUUCCGAGACCACAGAGGAUUACAAUUCCCCGACCACGUCCAGCUUCACCACCAGACUGCAGAGCUGCCGGAACUCCAUCACCGUGCUGGAAGAGGCCUUAGACCAGGAUCGGACUGCACUGCAGAAAGUGAAAAAAUCCGUCAAAGCCAUUUAUAAUUCAGGGCAAGAUCAUGUCCAGAACGAGGAGACCUACGCACAAGCUUUAGAUAAAUUCGGGAGCAACUUCUUGAGCCGCGAUAACGCCGAUUUAGGCACGGCCUUUGUGAAGUUUUCCACUCUCACCAAGGAGCUGUCGACACUCCUCAAGAACCUGCUCCAGGGACUAAGCCACAAUGUCAUCUUUACACUGGAUUCACUUCUUAAAGGGGAUUUGAAAGGAGUGAAGGGGGACCUCAAGAAGCCGUUCGACAAGGCCUGGAAAGAUUAUGAAACCAAAUUCACAAAAAUUGAAAAGGAGAAGAGGGAGCAUGCAAAACAGCACGGAAUGAUCCGGACGGAGAUCACAGGGGCGGAGAUCGCCGAAGAAAUGGAGAAAGAGAGGAGAUUGUUCCAGUUGCAGAUGUGCGAGUAUCUUAUUAAAGUUAAUGAAAUCAAGACAAAGAAGGGCGUGGACCUCCUGCAGAAUCUGAUCAAGUAUUACCACGCGCAAUGCAAUUUCUUCCAGGACGGCCUGAAAACCGCAGAUAAACUGAAGCAGUACAUUGAGAAGCUGGCUGCGGACCUAUACAAUAUUAAACAGACACAGGAUGAGGAGAAGAAGCAGCUCACUGCACUGCGAGACCUCAUCAAGUCUUCUCUGCAGUUGGAUCAGAAGGAGGACUCCCAGAGCAAACAGGGAGGGUACAGUAUGCACCAGCUCCAAGGAAACAAGGAGUACGGCAGUGAGAAGAAGGGCUAUCUGUUAAAGAAGAGUGAUGGGCUGAGAAAAGUCUGGCAAAGGAGAAAGUGUAUGGUGAAAAAUGGCAUCCUGACAAUAUCCCACGCCACAUCCAACAGGCCUCCUGCAAAACUGAACCUCCUGACCUGCCAAGUGAAACCCAACGCUGAUGAGAAGAAAUGCUUCGACCUGAUAUCACAUAACAGGACGUACCACUUUCAGGCUGAGGACGAGCAGGAUUAUAUAGCCUGGAUAUCGGUUUUAACAAACAGCAAAGAGGAAGCGCUGAAUAUGGCCUUCCGUGACGGUCAGAGCACUGGGGAGGGCAGCCUGGAGGAUCUGACGAAGGCAAUUAUCGAGGACGUGCAGAAGGCACCAGGAAAUGACGCUUGCUGUGAUUGUGGAUCGGCAGAUCCGACCUGGCUGUCUACAAACCUGGGAAUAUUAACCUGUAUAGAAUGCUCCGGCAUACACCGGGAAAUGGGGGUUCACAUCUCUAGGAUCCAGUCUCUGGAGCUGGACAAGUUAGGCACUUCUGAACUCUUGCUGGCCAAGAACGUAGGAAACAAUAGCUUCAAUGAAAUUAUGGAAGGGAAUCUACCUUGUCCGUCACCAAAACCGAAUCCUUCCAGCGACAUGACUGCACGUAAAGAAUAUAUCACAGCCAAAUACAUCGAGCACAAGUUCUGCCGGAGGAUCUGUUCUUCAGGGGCGGAGAAGCAGAGCGAGCUGCUGGAGGCUGUGAAGUCGAGGGACUUACUUGCACUAAUCCAAGUCUAUGCAGAAGGAGUCGAGAUCCUGGAACCACUAGUAGAAUCGGGGCAGGAGCCCGGUGAAACCGCUCUUCACCUCGCAGUGCGUACUGCCGACCACACGUCCCUUCCCUUAGUUGACUUCUUAGUACAAAACUGUGGAAACUUGGAUAAGCCGACGGGAAAAGGCAACACGGCGCUGCACUACUGCUGUAUUUAUAACAAGCCUGAAUGUUUAAAACUGCUUCUGAGGGGAAAACCAACUAUCGACCUGGUAAACCAGCUUGGCGAGACUGCGUACGACAUGGCGAAGAGACUGAGGGUAGCGCAGUGCGAGGAGCCGCUUUCUCAAGCCUCGGCCGGUAAACUGAAUCCGCAUACCCACGUGGAGUACGACUGGAACCUGCGGCAGGAAGAGAUUGACGAGAGUGACGACGACUUGGACGAUAAGCCAAGUCCCAUCAAGAAGGAGCGUUCCCCAAGACCCCAGAGCUUCUGCCAUUCUUCCAGUAUCUCCCCUCAAGACAAGCUGCCUCUGCCGGGUUUCAGCACUGCCCGAGACAAGCAGAGGUUGUCUUACGGAGCGUUCACUAACUUCAUGUCCACCAGCACCGAGUCCCCAACGUCCCCAAACACUGACGCCCCUCCGCUACCCCCCAGGAAUGCAGGCAAAGCUCCAUCCGGUCCUACAUCAGCCUUCUCUUUAAGCGCCCAGUCCCCUAGCGGCAGCUUCACUUUGUCCAAGAAGAAAGCACCUCCCCCACCCCCCGGACACAAACGAACCCUCUCCGAUCCGCCAAGCCCGCUACCGCACAGUAAGGGCUCGGUAUCCUGGGGUAAUGACACGGGCCACAGCCCCGGAGAGAAAUCUCUGAAUAAGUUCGAGAGACUGACUCACUCCGCCAGCACUGGAACUACAAAAACUACAUUGGGGCCCAGAGUUUUGCCAAAACUACCUCAAAAAGUGGCUCUUAGAAAAAUCGACACCACUCAUCAUCUCUCCAUGGACAAAUACAACCAGCAGCCGGACAUCUUCCAGAAAUCCUCGCAGCCUGGAGACUUGCCUCAGAAGCCACAACUGGCCGAUCUUCCUCCAAAACCGCAACCUUCAGAAUUCACGCAAAAGCCGCACAUCGGAGAUCUACCGCCAAAGCCCGGAGAACUGCCUCCUAAACCUCAGCUGGGAGAUCUGCCACCCAAGCCACAGCUCGGAGAUCUACCUCCCAAACCACAGCUAAAAGAUCUUCCACCCAAACCUAACCUGGCAGACUUGGUGCCCAAGACCCCCGUAGCAGAACCGGUCCCCAAACCUCAAACCCCAGAGGUGAACCAGAAUUCUCAGCCAGCCGAAGUGAUUCAGAACUUGCAGCCGGCCGACCAUGCUCCUGUCCAGAAGCAGGGCUCUGAAGCUUCCAACAAUGGUCCUCCUCCUCUUCCAGAAACUCCGGUGCCACUUCCACGCAAAAUCAACACAGGAAAAACCAAGCUGAAGAGAGUGAAGACGAUAUACGACUGCCAGGCGGACAAUGAUGAUGAGCUGACAUUCGUCGAGGGAGAGGUGAUCAUAGUGACUGGUGAAGAGGACCAUGAGUGGUGGAUCGGCCACAUCGAAGGGAAUCCAGAAAGAAAAGGAGUCUUCCCAGUGUCUUUCGUCCACAUCUUGUCGGAGUAGAGCCUGGACAUUUUAAGUGUUGCAAAUCCCCCCACCCUGAGCGGUGUCCUCGGCUCGUUCCCGUGUCCCCUGCGUCUGUAUAUAAGCUUCUGUUCCCAGUACUUCCAUUCUGUGUAUUGUAAAUGUACUAUGUUAUCCUGCCUCCACCAGUAUUACUAUAGCCAGACAAGCCGCCGCCGCCCCGGUUAUCAGCACUUUUAGCCUCUGUGGGCAACCUUCAUGUACUGCCAAGAGCUGUCUUGUCCAUAUACCUAUAGGUACAGUAUAUAGAUUAUGCACUCCAUGUCCGUCUUCAAUUACACACAAUACUGGGAGGAGGAAGGGAAGGCGUGCAAAUCCGCUCCACCAGUAUUCCCACCUGCAAAGCAAAUCACGCUGCGUAUUUAUUACGGAUAGAGCAAUUUCAGGAUAGAUUUUGGGGGGGGGGAAAAAGAGAAAAAAUCUGGUCUUUCUGUGCUCCGUACUCGUUUGUUUUUGACGUUUUGCGACACAUAACUGUUACUUUGCUACAAGUAGUAAAAAAGAAAAUAUAUUUCUAUCUAAAGGCUUCUUUUAUCAGAAGUGAUAUACAUAUAUAUAUAUAUAUAUAAUAUACAUAAAUAUAUAUAUUAAAAAAAAGACAUUUCCGUUUAGACCCAUCGGACUCCAAUCUAACGACAGCUAAACAAACGACUGGUCUGUUUACAUUAUGCAUGCGUUUAUCGAAAACCACACAAAAAUUUAAAAAAAAAAAUGUAUAAAAAAACAAAAAACUCCAGAAUACUUGAAACCUGUAAUACGAAAAAAAUAAAAAAACAGGGACAAAAGUGUAGUCCUAUGCUUUGUUGUAGACCAAGUUGUUCUGUAGCUGUGAGGAUCGAGGGGAAUAUUUUUUCCA